GCCUCCUGUCAAACGGAAAACGUGAAAAUAUUUGAGUUGACAUCUCACUUUAUACCUAUUCUAGCGCAAAAUAAAGAAAAUAAAUCACAAUUGAAGAGAAUUGUUAUCGGCAAGACGUGUUUUUAGAGUGUUAUUUAGUUUACAAGACAAUGUACUCUUUGUGAGCCGGUUCUACGAGUAUGUGGCCGCUAUGCAUCCCGGCGUGGGGCGCGGCGGUGGCGGCGGGCGCGCUGGUGCUAUACGGCACCAUAGACGUUGCGUACUUCGCACGCAUGCUGUUCACGGUCACGCGCGCUAGGUACUUCCGCAAGAAGGCGUGCCUGUUGGAAACCACGGAGGUCGGAUCCUGGGUCCUUCUCUCCGACAUCGAUACUCUCCUCUACCACAUGAACAACGCGCGCUACCUUCGCGAGCUGGACUUCGCUCGCGCCGACUUCUACGAGAGAACUGGUCUGUACUCCAACAUUAAAGCGGCUGGCGGGGCCGUCGUGCAGGCGGCUUGCACUAUUCGCUAUAGGAGAUAUCUGAAGCCGUUCACCAAGUUCACUAUUACGUCCAGAGUGAUCUACUGGGACAACAAGACCGUCUUCAUGGAGCACGAGUUCGUCGGCCCCGGCCACUUCGUGCACGCGGUCGCCGUGUGUCGACAACGCGUGAUCGACACGGCCGCCGCGCCGAUAGCGGAGCUUUUGGUCCAGCUGCAUUGUGCGGGUACUUGCAAGCCGCAGCUUGGGAAGAUGCCACCGGAGUUGGAACUAUGGGUACAGAGCAAUGAGUUGAGUUCUGCCCGCCUGCGGUCAACCGUGGUGCCUGCGCCCUUCCUACCAGCCUCACCUCAAAUAGGAUCUGGAGAAUCCAUAACCGCUGCAGAAUGAAGCGUUACCAACAGGGAACACAAACUGAACCCGAUUCGAGUGACAUGGAAAACGAUUGAGGACAGCUAGAA